AGAAUGAUAACUCUAACUCCAUUCUCUCUACUCUUCUCACUGUACCCAUUGACCGUACUUUCUCUCGCCGUAGAAGCCGCCGGAAAUCCAACUAACUCCGGCAACGACAUUGCAAGGUGGUGCGACAAAACCCCCUAUCCCGAACCAUGCAAAUGCUAUUUCACCAACGACAACACUUCUGUCCCCAAACACUUGUCUGAAUUCAGACAAAUGCUCGUCAAAUCAGCCAUGGACCGAGCCGUUACCGUCCGGUCCGAUAUCGCUCGGUUCGGUAUGAACUGCACCGGCGACUCACGGCGACGUGCCGUGUGGUCCGAUUGCCUCGAGCUCUACGACGAUACCGUCCUCCAGCUCAACCGCACCCGAACCGGCGUGUCCGGUGGUUCGUGCACCGACUUCGACGCGUCCACGUGGCUCAGCACCGCCUUAACCAACAUCGAGACGUGCCGGUCCGGCUCGUCCGAUCUCAAGAUCUCAGAUUUCAUCACACCGAUCAUGUGCAAAACCAACCUCUCACAACUCAUCAGCAACACGUUAGCCAUCAACGCAGCGCUCAUACAUGCUGACGUCACCACCUGCAACUCCAGCAAAAACGCCGGCGCAGGAGAACAUUUCCCGAUCUGGGUCUCCGGAAAAGACAGGAGAUUGCUCCAAUCUUCGAUCCGAGGAGCGAAUCUGGUGGUGGCGAAAGACGGAUCGGGUCAUUUCCGCACGGUUCAGGCGGCGAUUGAAGCAGCCGGGCGAAGAAAGGUGACGUCAGCGAGGUUUGUGAUUUACGUGAAGAGAGGGGUAUAUAAGGAAAAUAUUUUGGUACGUAAUAAUAAUGACAAUGUAAUGUUGGUCGGAGAUGGGAUGAAAUACACGAUUAUCACCGCAAGCAGAAGUGUCAAAGGAGGCUACACAACGUAUAACUCCGCCACUGCAGGCAUAGAAGGUCUCCACUUCAUCGCAAAGGGCAUAACCUUCAGGAACACGGCCGGUCCCGAAAAGGGCCAGGCCGUGGCUCUGCGGUCGGCAUCCGACCUAGCCAUCUUCUACAAAUGCUCGGUGGAAGGCUACCAAGACACGCUCAUGGUCCACUCCCAACGUCAAUUCUUCCGCGACUGCUCCAUCUCCGGCACCGUCGACUUCAUCUUCGGCAACGCUGCCGCCGUCUUCCAGAAUUGUCUCAUCCUCCCUCGCCGUCCCCUCCACGGCCAAGCCAACGUCAUCACCGCCCAAGGCCGGGCCGACCCUUUUCAGACCACCGGCUUCUCCUUCCACAACUCCAAGAUCUUCCCCUCCCCCGACCUCGUCCCUGUCCUCCGUACAGUCAAGACGUACUUGGGUCGGCCGUGGAUGAAGUACUCUCGGACCGUGGUCAUGAAAACGUACAUAGACGGUGUCGUCAGUCCACUCGGGUGGUCACCCUGGAUCAAGGGCUCCGUGUUCGGAUUGGAUACUCUGUUUUACGCAGAGUAUAAGAACACCGGUCCGUCCUCGUCCACGAGGUUUAGGGUUCGGUGGAAAGGGUUUCAUGUUUUGGGUAGAGACUCAGAGGCCGCGGCUUUCACCGUCGAGAGGUUCAUUGCCGGAGGCGCCUGGUUGCCACGCUCCGGUGUCCCCUUUACCUCAGGGCUAUGAACGAAGAAAACGAGAGAUUUAUUUGUUGUUGUGACACGUGAGAAUACAAAUGUAUACCCAUUUUACUCUUAUGAUUCUAAUAUAAUGGUUCAUAAUA